AUGCCUUUCAGAGCCUCCAUCAACGACUCCUCCUCCACAUACUCCGCCUCCUCGAAAGCAUCCACCCUUAAGGGCGUCGAGACCAUGCACAAGAAGUGGUUUGCGAUGAAGACCAAGAGCGCCAAGCCAUCGUUCUCUCUGUCUCCCACCGAAGCUCUGCACAACGAGGCCGUCGCCAGCUACUUCUCUAUGCGGUGA